CCGUUUUUUGUUUAAGCUUGUAAACAACAUUAAUAAUCUUUCGUCAUAUUAGAAUUUUAUUGUUUAUUACGUAGUGUUUUUUAUUAUUUUUUGUAACUUAACAUACGUAGUGAACAUUAUCAAGUUUGAACUAUAAAAAAUGGCUACAGACAAUCAGCCACAAGAAAGUGAUCUUGAUGAAAGAAUGGAUGUAGAUGAUGCUGAAAAUGCAGAUGAUUCUGAUGAAGAAGGUGGAUUUAGGAUAGAUGAAGAUAUAUAUAUUCCUCCACCACCUGUCAAAUUCAGUCAAGCUAACAAAGAAGUACCACGAUUAAUCAUAUCUCAGAUUGUUAAUAUGAAUUUUAAGAGUUAUGCAGGACAAGUAGUCAUAGGACCUUUUCACGAGUGUUUUUCAGCAAUUGUUGGACCAAACGGAAGUGGUAAAAGUAAUGUAAUUGAUUCAAUGUUGUUUGUAUUUGGCUAUCGUGCUAGUAAAAUCAGGUCUAAAAAGAUUUCUGUGCUCAUUCACAACUCCAAUGAACAUCCAAAUAUCAAUAGUUGUGAAGUAGCAGUUUAUUUUCGAAAAAUUAUUGACAAGGAGGAUGGUGGUUACGAAGAUGUACCAGAUAGUGAGUUUAUAAUAUCAAGAACAGCUUUCAAAGAUAAUUCGUCAUAUUAUGAGUUGAAUAAGAAAAAAGUGCAAUUUAAAGAGAUAGCUAAAAUUUUAAAAAGUGAAGGAAUAGAUUUGAAACAUAAUAGAUUCUUAAUUCUUCAAGGAGAAAUUGAACAAAUUGCAAUGAUGAAACCUAAAGCCCAAAAUGAACAUGAUGUUGGAAUGUUAGAAUUUUUAGAAGAUAUUAUUGGCACAGAUCGCUAUAAAGAACCGCUGGAACGGCUUUUUACUAAAAUGGAAAUUUUAACUGAAAAAGUAGCUGAACGUACUAAUCGAUUAAAAGUUGUUGAAAAAGAACGAGAAAGUUUAAAGGAGCCUAUGGAAGAAGCUGCAGAUUAUUUGAAACUGGAAAAUAUUAUCAUUGAAUUAAGAAAUAAAUUGUAUCAUUGUCAAAAGUAUGAAGUUACACAAACUUUAAAAGAGAAAGAAGAAAAACAAGCAGAAUUGGAAGCGGAUAUUAAUAAACUAAAAGAAGAACUAACUCAAAUUCGCCAAGAGAAAGAUGAAAUUAAUCAAAAUUUAAAAGAAAAAUGUAAAAAGUGGGAUUCUAUACAACAGAAACAAGAUGCAGCGCAAGCAAAGUUUGAUGCAUUAAAAAAACGAGACGAAGCAUUGUAUGCUGAAUUGGUAGCAACUAAUAAAAGAAGAAAAGAAAAUCAAGCAGCUGUUAAAACUGAAGAGAGUAAUUUAGAAGAUUUGAAAAAAGUGCCGCAGAAAAGUGCUGAAGGUAUUGAAGAAUGUGAACAGCUAGUAGAGAAACAGUUAGUGGCUCAAAAAAAAGAAGAAGAAAAGUUACAGACAAUAAUGAAUGGUUUACGAGAAAAGACAGAGCCUUUAUUAAAAGAGAGAGCUGAGUUCGAAACUAAAUUAAUAGAUUUCCGCAAAAAUAUUGAUGAAGCGAAAGCUGCAUUUGAUAUAGCAGAGUCGGAGCUCCAAAUUUAUACAUCUGUAGAGAAAACAGAAAAAGAAAAACUAGAAGUUCUCCAAAAAACGCUCAAAGAAACUAUUGAUACCUUUAAAGAUCGAAAAGAAAAGCUGGUGUCCUUUGAAACGAAAAUUCCAGCCACAGAAAAAAGUUUAGCUCAAGCUAAAAAGAAAUUAAAUGAAUUAAAUAAUAAAGAAAUUGAGUUGAAUAAUAAAUUAAGACAAAAAAGAGUAACUUUUGAAGAUCAAAAGUCAGCUAUGCAUGCUAAUAAAUCUAGAAAUGCAAUUCUCGAUGCUCUCAUGCAAGAAAAAUCAAGUGGAAGAAUUCCAGGAAUCUUUGGACGACUUGGUGAUCUUGGAGCUAUUGACGCUAAAUAUGAUGUAGCUGUUUCAACAGCUUGUAAACCUUUAGACAAUAUUGUAGUAGACACGGUUAACACAGCUCAAGCUUGUAUUCAAUUUCUUCGAGACCACAAUAUCGGUCGUGCAACUUUUAUUCCUUUGGAAAAACAGGAACGUUUUAUUCCAAAUUGUCGUCAAAAAAUUACGACUCCUGAAAAUGUACCAAGGUUAUUUGACCUAAUAAAAGUCAAUGAUGAACGUAUUCUCCCUGCUUUUUAUUAUGGACUUCAAAAUACUCUUGUGGCAAAUGAUGUGGAUCAGGCUACAAGAAUAGCAUAUGGACCUACGCGAUUCAGAGUUGUGACCUUGGAAGGCGAAUUAAUUGAACUUUCGGGAACAAUGAGUGGAGGAGGAAAAUCGGUAGCACAUGGACGCAUGGGACAGAAAGUGAAAAGGAAUGAAUUGAGCCCUCAAGAUCUUGAAAAUCUUCAAACAGAAUUGGACCAAAUUUAUGAAAUGUGCAAUCAAAUAAGGAGAGAUCAACAACCUUUAAAAGAACAAAUUGAAACUUUGACCGUAGGAUUGAAUGAAAUGGUUGUUAAUAAAAAAAAAUUUGCAAUUGAAGUACAAACUUUAGAAAAACAAGGACCAUUAUUAAAAGCUCAAUUAAAAGCUCAAGAGAAAAAGGUAGCUGAAUCUAUAUGUGAUCUUAAAAAAACAGAAGAACUUGAGAAAAAUGUAGAAGUAGCGAAGAAAAAAUUGGAAAAAGUUCAAGAACGAUCGCAAUCCACAGAAGAUGAAGUAAAAAGAAUCAAUCAUAAAAUCGACGAAAUCUCGGGUAAUCGAGUAAAAGAGCAGCAAAAGAUUAUAUCUAAUAUUGUAAAAGCAAUUGAAAAAGCUAAAAGUGAAAUUUGCCGUUUACAAGUGGCAGUGAAGACAGCAGAAAGAAAUUCCCAAAAAACAGAGCAGAAAAUACAAGAUUUAAAGGCAAAUAUAAAAACAUGUGAAGAGAGAUUGAAAGAUAUGCAACGCGAAAGAACAGAAAUUGAAAAUGAAGCUAGAGAAGUUCAGUUCGAAAUAGAUUCUUAUGCAGAAGCAUUAAAUGAAAGAAAUGAAGCAGGUGGAUCUCUUAAAGGAAAAUUAGAAGAAUUACAAACAAGAGAAACCAAAAUAAAAGCUUUGAAAAUUGAUCUUGAUCUAAAAUUUUCUGAUAGUAAAAAAAUGUUGUCUGAGCUGUCACGUAAAAUAGAUGAAUAUAUAAAGAGAAUCAGUAGUUUAAAAUUGAAUCAAAUACUAAAUGAACAAGUACCAGAAUUACCAGAAUUUUCAGAAGAAGAAAUUGAAGGUAUGGAUGGAAGAACAAUUGAAGCAAACUUAAAAGCGGCAAAAGAAAGACUUCCUGAAAAAGCACCCGAUGUGCGGAUUAUCAAAGAAUAUUUAGAAAAAAAUGCAAUAUAUAUGGAAAGAGCUGCUCAACUUCAAGAAGUGACUGAUGAAAGAAAAAAGAUACGAAGUUCUUAUGAUAUGGUCAAAAGACGAAGAAUGGAGGAAUUUUUCGUUGGAUUUUCAGAAAUUACUUCGAAACUCAAAGAAAUGUAUCAGAUGAUAACUCUAGGCGGUGCUGCGGAAUUAGAAUUAGUAGACUCGCUUGAUUUUACUGAAGGGAUUGUCUAUAGUGUCCGACCACCAAAAAAAUCUUGGAAACAAAUUAGUUAUUUGAGUGGUGGUGAAAAGACUCUCAGUAGUUUAGCUUUGGUAUUCGCUCUCCAUCAUUAUAAACCUACACCACUAUAUUUUAUGGAUGAAAUCGAUGCUGCUUUAGACUUUAAGAAUGUUUCAAUAGUAGGAACUUACAUAAAAGAACGAACCCAAAAUGCUCAAUUUACUGUAAUUAGUUUACGUUCUGAAAUGUUUGAAUUAGCAGAUACUCUUGUGGGAAUUUAUAAAACUCAUAAUGCAACGAAAAGUGUUACAGUGAACAUGAAAACUGUUUUUAUAACUAAUCCUGCAAUAGAAAAAUUUGAAACUGAUAGAAAGAAACGAAUGGUUACGACAAAAAAGUCACAAUCAUCACAAUCUCAAUACAGUAAUGAAGCUCCAGUACUACAACCCAUAUCGUUAAGUUGUCCAAACACCAGAGUAUCGUUAUCAGAAAAUAGAUUACCUACUAAGGAAAAUGAUCAGCAAGUUAUUAAUGAAAAUGACCAAAGCGUGAUAAAUAACAGUCGUAAUUCUAAUGAAAGCAAUCACUCAUCGUCACCGAAAAAAGCAGAUUCAUCUCUAACAACUCCUGUUGCUAAAAGACGCAGAUUACAAACCUAAAAGUAUUUUUUAUAGCAAUAUUUAAUUAAAAAUAUUGACAAUAAUCAAAUGAUGAUAAAAAAGAUUGUAAAAGAUGGACAUAAAUAGAAAAAUUUGAAUUUGCAUGUUUAAAUAUCAAGUUGAAAUAUAUUUUUCAACUUUUGUUUAUAAAAGAUAUUAUAUAUGACGAGUUUUAGAGCAAAUUGUUUUUUAACACUAUUGUAACUUAAAGUACGAUAUUUUUCAUAUGAGAUUAGUUUAAUAAAC